AUGAAAGCGGAAGCGUGGCGCUCCCAGAAGAAGGAUGUGGACGGAAGAGACCUCUCUACAGCGUGCAACGACUUCUACAGCUAUGCGUGCGCAUCUCCGAAACCGAAUGACCCACGGGAGCACGCUUUGGAGGAGUUCAAUCAGAUGUUGGACGAAGAAGUGAAACUUCUUCCUGCAAAUUUGAAUCAAAUGUUUUCAAUAGAGCAAUUGGUGGAUGUUAUCAAAAAAGUCCGAGACGUCGUCGCCUUCGAGAAUAUUAGAAAGAAGAAUCCUCGCAUUAACGAAGCGUUCCAGCGUACGAGAGAGUUUUUUGAGACAAUACGGCAGGAAUAUUUGGACUUCAUCAACAGUACAACUUCCGACAAUCCGGAACACCUGGCGAUGUGGUACACACGAGCAGCUCGAGUUGAGUUAGAAAUGCCAAUGAGAACCCACAAGUUUUUCGUUGCUGAGCACCUCUACUUCGUUUCAGGACAUCUAAACUGCACAGAGAAUGUUGGGUGA